UGUGGGAUUCUCGUCGAAUCAAGCCAUGGUCUAAACAGGGACUUUUGCCUUCCAGUCACUCGUCCUUUAUUUUUGUAAUCCCAUCACCGCCUCACAAAGACCUAGAUCAACGCGCAACUACCUAGUCAACUAUGGGAAUCUUUGAAGAGAGAGAGUUUGUCAGGCCUGCCUUUAGCCCGCUUCCACCACAAAGAAGAGGUGGUAAGCCGGCCAAACCGGAUGAGAUCUCCUCACUGCCGGGGCUCAUUGCAUUCAACGCCAUCAACAACCCAAAUCACAUCUUCAGCCACCAGGUCGAAUGUCAUCGUCGAGAGAGCAACAGCAACAGGGAGAGGCAGUCAUACAUCAUUCAACCAGUCACGUUUGCACAGCUGGACAGAUCUAUUGGGGCAUGUGCAGAGUGGCUUCGUGCCUCGCUCCGAACUGGUCAUGCCGACACAAGUUCCAGCAAAGCCCGCCCGGUGGCUCUUUACAUGGAGAGCGACAUCGGCUUGUUUAUUCACCUCAGCGCCUUGUUGAGUCUCAAUAUCCCCGCUCUUCUUCUAUCGGCAAGACUUGGAGCCCACAGCAUUUUACAUCUGCUCCAAAAGACCAAUGCGGGCACUCUCCUCGUGUCACAACGCACGGAAGUAAUCAGCUCCGAAAUUGCACGCGGGCCAUCAGCUGCCAAGAUCAUCACCACUGAGCCUUAUAAAGCCUUUCUGGACAGCAACGGCGAUACCAAGACACCUGUCCCCGAAGUGGGUGAUGAAUCCAAGCUGGGCCACACAGCCCUGAUACUGCACUCAUCAGGCACCACCGGACUGCCAAAGCCCAUCCCCGUUCCUCACCGUUACCUGCUGGGAUAUGCCGCAUGCCAUCAGUUCCCGUCUUCGGAAGUUCCCUCCUGGGUCAACCUCUCAACAUUACCCUUGUACCACGGUUUCGGACUUCUAGCACCUGCCCUCUCGCUCUCGGUGGGAUUGACAUGUUGUCUGCCGCCCUCUUCCAUCAUCCCCGCUGCAAAGUCGACUCUGGAGAUCCUUCAAGCGUCCAAAGCAAGGUCGCUGAUGAGCGUCCCUUCAAUUUUGCAGGAUAUUUUCUCUUUGCCAUCCGUCGAGGAACAAAGCACUGCCUUUGCGCUGCUGAGAAAGAUGGAAUUUGUCGCUGUAGGGGGUGGGGCAAUGAGCCCUGACGUUGCCAACAGCCUGGUCGAAAAGGGUAUUAGGUUGCUGAAUCACUAUGGUGUCACGGAAAUAGGCGCCAUUGCGCCCAUCUUUCGUCCCACUCCGGGAACUGGAUACAACCACCGGUAUUUGAGGCUGAGAUCUGACUUGGGCCUGGAGUUGCGUCCCGCUUCUCCAGCUGCGAAGUCAUAUCGGCUGAUUGGGUAUCCCUGUGGAUGGGGAGGAAAGCACUUUGAGAUCCAAGAUGACAUGCAGUUAAAUCCUGAUUGCGAUGCCGGGGAGGGCAUGGAAGUAAGAGUGUUGGGGAGAGUGGACGAUGUUAUUGUAUUGAAAACUGGAGAGAAGAUUAUGCCAAGGACGUUGGAGGACCUUCUGACUGGUGAUGCAAACGUCAAGACAGCUGUCUGUGUCGGCCAGGGUCGAUUCGAAAUGGCGGUGCUAGUUGAGCCCUCUCCUUCUGCCACCACAGACCUGGAAGUGCUGAGAGAGCAAAUCUGGGCGCUGGUUCUGGAAGCAAAUAAGACGCUGGAUGCUCAUGCAAGAGUGAGCUCCAAACACGCCAUCAUAUUUGUCACAGACGGCAAAACCAUACCCAGGUCAGAUAAAGGCAGCGUUAUGCGUAGGGAGACGGCGGAAAUGUUCAGAACGGAAAUUGAUGCAGCCUACCAGGCUAUCGAUGCAGAGGGAUCAAGCGACGAUGGAGCGGUUUUCGAUGUCGACAACGUCGAAGAUGUCCUCAGAAUGCUCUUGAGAGACGUGGUCAGUCCGUCGUUCAAGGCAGGCAGUUUAGGGAGCGAGGAUGACUUUUUCGAACGAGGUUUGGACUCGUUACAGAGCCUGAAGCUUGCAAGGAAGAUCACAUCUUCCCUCAGACGAUCUGGCAACUGCCAGGAAGAAAGCUUGACGGCCGAGUUUGUGUAUCGUCGCCCAACAUUGAGCCUGCUUUCUCAUGCCAUCAGAACGCUAUUGGUGGAGGGCGAGUCAACUGAAUCUCUCCAGAAGCCCAAUAGUCGAACGGAUGCGAUGAAGGCUUUGGCGGAUGAGUACAUUCAACGACUCGAUUCUUCCCGGCCGUCUACCACCAACCCACUCGUUGUCGUGAUGACAGGCAGCACCGGUAGCCUUGGCGCCCAUGUUCUGUCCCGUUUGUCUUCUUUUUCAUCGGUAACAAAAAUAAUCUGUUUAAUGCGCGGCUCUCGAACAGCAGCUUCUGUGUCUCCCCUUACGGGCGACCCUCGGAAAAGCUACCAAACGCAAACCAUCUCGUCAGCUGGUCUUCCCCCUCUCCCGGAAGCCUCUUGGUCCAAGAUCACCUUUCUCGACUUUGACAGCAAAACCCACCUUCCCCUGGAUUCUCUCGCAUCGGAAGUUACCCAUAUCCUCCAUCUCGCCUGGCCCAUGGACUUUCAGCUCACACUGCCUUCCUUCCGUACGCAUCUUGACCUCCUCUGCGACCUCUUGUCGCUUUGCCAAAAGGCAUCUUCCCUUCGACCAGAGGUUGGGGUGCGUAUGGUCUUUGCCUCUUCGAUUGCCGCUGUGCGUUAUUUCUAUGGCGAUGGACCGGUGCCGGAAGGCCCUGUCGAAGCAGACGCGCCGGUCAAAAUGGGGUAUGCCGAGGCAAAGUGGGUUUGCGAAAGCGUAAUGAAAGAGGCUGCCGAAGUAUUCAAAUCACAGGGCGAUAAGGCCGAGAGUGUAACUGUCAGGAUCGGGCAGCUGUCAGGGCCAGCAGAUACAGACAAGAAGGGGGGUGGGCUUUGGAAGACUGGGGAGCACAUGCCGGUGUUGGUGAAGGCCUGCCAGAAGCUGGGGGUCUGGCCGGACUUGGAGGGGACCGUAUCAUGGUUGCCAGUAGACCAUGCAGCCCAAGCCCUUACCGAGAUGCUGCUGUCGCCGCAAGUCUUGCCACCGUUUCUGCAUCUCGAAAACCCGAUCAGGCAGCCGAUGAGAGACAUCAUUGCAAUCAUGGGGCGAGAGAUGGACGUACAACCAAGUCGAGUAGACGGAACACUUGUGCCGUUUGAAGAGUGGUUGGUCCUUGCGACAAAGUCUGGUGCAAUCAGUGCUUCCCUCAAAGACUUUUUUGAACAAGACUUUCGGGUCUUGGGCCAAGGACAGAUUGUUUUGGACACCAAGCUGUCUAGACCAGUGUCUAAGACACUGGAGAGUGAAAGCGGGGUUGCGAAAGAGGUGGUCGAAGGAUAUGUAAGAAAAUGGAAGGCGACGGGGUUUCUUGAGUGAUACUUGUACGCAUAGAAGGGUAGAUAGGUACCUAAUUAGAAGGCGGAUCUCAAUCUUGGCUUGGGGCUCUGCGAAUGGAUGUAUUGGCUCUUUGUUCCUUUUUUUUCUUUGAGUGAAUGAAUUGCCCAGUGUUGGAAC